AUGUCCGCCCUCAGACAGCGCCCCGUCUCGCCCCCUGCUGGCCAGGCAGAGAAGGACCAGCUCCGAGACGCUCAGGGACACACCUUCGCCGUCCCCGACUUCACCAUCAAGCAGCUCCUCGAUGCCAUCCCCGCCCACUGCUUCAAGCGGUCCGCCUUCAGGUCCUCCCUCUACAUCCUCCAAGAUGUCGCUGUCAUCACCGCUCUCGUCUAUGGAGCCUUCCACAUCGACUCCUUCCUCUCUCGAUUCGCUCUCUCCAACGUCGCGUUCUACGCCGCCAAGGCUGCUCUCUGGAGCGCCUACUGGUUCGUGACUGGUCUUUUCGGCACCGGUAUCUGGGUCAUUGCCCACGAGGCCGGCCACCAGGCCUUCUCUUCCAGCAAGGACGUCAACAACGGUGUCGGAUGGGUCUUGCACUCUGCUCUUCUUGUCCCCUACCACUCUUGGAGAAUUUCCCACGCCCGUCACCACGCCGCCACUGGCCACUUGACUCGUGAUGAAGUCUUUGUCCCCAAGACCAGGAAGGAGCGUGGUGCGCCCGCGAUCGUAGAGGAGGGCGAAAUUCUCGGUAUCAACGUCUCUCCCGAGCGUCAAUCCCAACUCAUGGAAGCCCUCGAGGACUCUCCUAUCGUCGUUCUUUACAACCUCUUCCUCCAGCAACUCUUUGGCUGGCCCAUGUACCUCGCCCGAAACGCCUCUGGCCAGCGCCACUACCCCAAGGGCACCAACCACUUUAACCCCCGCUCUUUCAUCUUCAAGGCCAAUCACUUUGCCCAGAUCAUUUGGUCCGACAUUGGUGUCUCUAUCGUCCUUGCUGCCCUUGGUUACUGGUCUUACCAGAGGGGCAUCAAGGAGAUGAUCUCCAUCUACUUUAUCCCUUACCUCUGGGUCAACAACUGGCUCGUGUUUAUCACCUUCCUCCAGCACACCGACCCCGUCCUCCCUCACUACACUGCCAACAAGUGGACUUUCCCCCGAGGUGCGCUCUGUACCAUCGACCGAUCGUUCUUGGGUCCCGUUGGUCCUCACGUGUUCCACGGUAUCACCGAGACCCACGUCGCGCACCACAUCUCCUCCAAGAUCCCUCACUACAACGCUUGGGAGGCUACGGAGGCGCUCAAAAACUUCCUCGGUCCUGCUUACCACAAGUCGGACGAGAACAUGUUUGUCGCCUGCUAUAAGUCUUACCGAGACUGCUUGUUUGUCGAGGAUGACCAGGACGUUGUUUUCUACAAGAACGCGGCUGGUAUUGCCCAACGUGUGCCCAUUGAGGAGAGCGGCAACCUUUCCGACUCUGGUGUCGACAUGACUGAAUCCAAGUAA